CCUCCAGGCCGCGGGAACGUGCCCGGUCCCGUUGCCGUGGAGACCGAGCCGCGGCCUAGCUGCGGCCAUGAAGCCUGGGCCUCGCCUGCGCCUCCUGCCAGCUCCCGGGGCCGGGCCCGGCCGCCUGCGCCUCCUCACCUGGAACGUGAACGGACUCCGCACUCUCGGACGGCGGCUGCGGCCGCGACUGGAGACGAUGCGGGCGGAGAUCAGCUGCUUCCAGGAGACCCGCGUCUCCCGAGAGGGACUGACUGAGGAGUUGGCCAUUCUCGAGGGCUUCACCUCCUACUACAGUAACAGCCGGGCCCGGCCCGGGUACUCGGGUGUUGCCACAUACUGCAAGGAUGAGGCGAGGCCGUUCUGGGCGGAGGAGGGUCUGUCGGGGCUGCUGACCCCCGGUGUCCGGGCCGCGGGCAUCGGCGAGGAGAUGACCGACAGAGAGCUGAGGGAGCUGGACAGUGAAGGGCGGGCGGUGAUCACCAAGCACCGCGUACGGCUGUGUGGGGGGGAGACGGCGCGCUGCACGCUGGCCGUGGUGAACGUUUAUGUCCCGCGCGCUGACCCAGACUGCCCGCCCCGCCAGCUGUUCAAACUGCGAUUCCUACGGCUGCUGGAGGCCAGGGUCAACGGCCUGUUACAGGAGGGAGAACAUGUGAUUGUGCUUGGCGACCUCAACAUUGCCCACAGGCCAAUCGACCACUGUGACCCUGGAGACCUGGAGCAGUUUGCGAUGGACCCGUCCCGCCAGUGGCUGGACCGUUUGCUGAGUCCCGCGUGUGGGGGCCCGGGAGAGGAGGAGGGGACGGCGGUGCCUGGCGAGGGGCCGCUGGUGGACGGGUACCGUCUCUGCCAGCCGGCGCGGCACGGCGCUUACACCUGCUGGCGUGUCAGCACGGGGGCGCGGGCCAACAACUACGGCGCCCGCAUCGACUACCUGCUGGUGAGCCGCGCCCUGGCGCGACGCUCCCUCGCCCGCUGCGCCCUCCUGCCCGGCGUCACCGGCUCCGACCACUGCCCCGUCAUGGGCUGGUUCACCGCCCUCUCCCUCCCCUCACCCCUCACCCCCCAGCUCUGCACCAGCAACAUGCCAGAGUUCACCGGGGUCCAGCAGAAACUCGUCCCCUUCCUCGUCAGGAGGGGCCGGGGGUGGGGAGGAGAGGAGAGGGGAGAGAGGGGGACAGACGGGGGUGGAGAGGGAGAGGGAGCGAGGGGAGCAGAGGAGGGGGAAGAGGCAGAGAGUGGGAAUCGACAAAGUAAGAUUGGACGGUUUACCUACAGUCUGGGAAUGUGA